AUGCACCAUAAAGGCCCCUCCAAUCACUGGGUUGGACUCCGGAGGGAACCAGGCCAGCCCUGGAGAUGGGUGGAUGGUGCUGCAUUCAACCACCUCUUUGAGGUCAGAGGAGCCGGACUCUGCGCUUACCUGGAUGACGGCGUUGUGAACAGCGCGGGUUGUGACACCGAGAGGAAGUGGGCCUGCAGCAAGCCGGACGGACAGACGGGGGGGAAGCAAAGGGCCCCAAAGUGUUAA